AGAAGAAGAAGAAGAAGAAGAAGAAGAAGAAGAAGAAGAAGAAGAAAAGGCUGCGCAGAAUGCUGCGCAGUAGAUGUUUUCCAAUCAUGAACGCUCGAGGUGAAUGUUUUGAUGGAGUCUAGGGACUUAAAGAGCUCCGUGUUUGUGGUGUAAAUCAUAGCUACUGCUUAACCGAUGUCGUAUUAUGUGCAGUAACAAAUCUGAGAAGACUUUAUUUUGACUAGACAAGAACGGGCCAGUUGACUAAUAUCGUUUGCUGCGGCGGCCUAGCUAACGUUAGCUAGCGCUGUGAAGUUGGGGCAAUCCUUUCAUUUGAUGUGAGGGCCUCUUUCAACCUGCUGUGUUUUUCUUCAUACUACAGCUCCGCCGGGAAUUAUCUCAUUACCUUUGUGGCUAUAAUUAUCAGAGACUAAAGUACCUUUUAAUUGAAGUAAGCUUCUCGCAAAGUGUGAGUAAGGCUUCUUGAGAAAUCCAGGGGGAGUGGUUAUCCAUGUCCACGAGUUGCUGCAGAUAAAUCAUUUUUAGUAACAUCAGCAAACAUGUCUUUAGUCGCCUAUGGCAGCAGUGAUGAUAGUGACUCAGAAGAAACCUCAACUUCUGUCGCACCGGUGAGCAGAGUGAGGAGCGCAGGAGGGCUCUUCUCACGCCUGCCCGCUCUUAAAAAGCCUGCAUCGGCUGGAGGAGGACCGAGAAGGGAGACAAAAGCGCACCGUUCAUCAGGGGACAGCACGCCAAACGAUGACCUGGAUCCUCAGCCAUCUAAAGGAGGUUUAUUUUCUACUCUGCCUAAACCGAGGAAGCGAACAGAGCCUGUCAAGAUCACUGUACCGAAAAUCCAGAGACGGGAUUCAGACUCUGAUGAUGAUGAACCAGCAAAGAAGAAACUACAACCUCCUCAGGGUUCAGGCCUUUCCUCCCUUCUACCACAACCCAAAAACCUGAUGAUGAAGGAUAUCUAUAGACCCCUGAUUCCUCACACACUCACCAAGCGGCAACAACCCAAAGGACCCAAACCUGGAACGCCCGCUCAGGGUCUGCUUGGUUCUAGUGCUUCGCCUUCUGCUAUCAAGGCUGCAGCAAAGUCAGCCGCCCUGCAGCUGGCAAGACAAAUAGCCACUGACGACCAGGAUAACGAGGAGGACAUAACCCCACAGAACUACUUUUCUCUGGGCGAGAGCUCGCAGCCUCUCCCUGCAGUCAUCCCAAGCUUAGACCCUGAGCCAGGAGCCCCCGCAGAACCUUUUACACCAGCACCUGCACCUGCACCUGCACCUGCACCUGCACCAGCACCAGCACCUGCACCUGCAGAUGAGCCGGGUCAGUCAGAUGCCCCUCUUGACUUUGGAGGAAACAGUGAGGGAGCUGGUCCAUGGGGAGGUCAAUAUCCUCAGUAUCAACAGCCCAUGGCAGGCCCAGAAGCUCUCCCUCAGGGAUACCUUAAUGAGUCUUACUUCCAAGAUCCUGAGGCUGGAUCGGCAGAGAUUGAAGAGCCGGAUAACUCCGGCAUGUUUGACGAUGAAGCGUUCAUGCGGCUGCAAGGGAAACGGAACAGGGGCAAAGAGGAGGUGAAGUUUCUGGAGAUCAAAGGGGACGACCAGCUGAGUGGAAACCAGCAGUGGAUGACCAAGAGCAUGACAGAAGAGAAGCAGACCCGCCAGUCCUUCAGCAAGAAAAAAGGAGAAAUGCCUACAGGACAACAGCGACGCAAGCAUCAGAUAACGUAUCUCAUUCACCAGGCAAAGGAACGCGAGUUGGAGCUGAAGAACAGCUGGGCAGAUAACAAGCUAACCCGCCGGCAGACGCAGGCCAAAUACGGUUUCUAAAUGUCAUACUGUGGACUCUUGAUGGCAAGUGGAAACCCUGCAUCAGAAAAUAGAGUAGAGCUUUCCAGAUUUCCCCACACAAGGGGAAAACUUCUGCUUGGGAAGAAACUAUAAACACCUUUUAAUACAGAUUUUGCCUCCAGCUCUCCCUCCUGUAUUUGUGUUGACUUAUUAUUCAGUAGUUCUUUUGGUGUUUAAGGAAUUACUUCUGUACGGAAAAUCCAGACACAGCCAUUACAUUUCCUUUUACAGUAAAUAUAGGCUCUAUACCUACAAAUAACAAUAUAACAGAUGUUAAGAUACCUGUCAGUCAGUGGCAGAGAUUAUGUAAUUUGACCUCCAAGUGGCGAUUUAUAAAUAUUUUCCUUUUUUUUUCGACGCGUUUGCUUCCUGUUCAUACAACAGUGAUGUCCAACUCUUUCUUUUGGUGGUAAAGACGGAUGACUACAAAAAGCCGGUUUGGUUCUCUGGCACUCACACAAUUGUUAGUAAAAAUGUUGCUGUUGAUAAUGUGAAAUGAACCAAAGUCGGUGGAAAGCUGUGACCCAUUACAUAUUUAUACGUUGAAUCAACAAUUUUGUAAUAAAAACUAAAGAUGUUGGAAUACAUAUGCUGCAGUUGCUCGUAAUGACUCAUUAAAUUAAUAAUAUAAAAGUUGUCUGUUAUCAUUUCAUCCCUGAUUUCUUUUCUUUUGUAAUGUUUUUGCAUUGAAAAGUUGUGAAAGAUCAGACCUAACAAUAUUUAACAAAUGUAUUGCCAGAGAACCAAACAUGCUUUUCACUUUCAUCUGGUUCUUUAGCGACCAUCAAACCAGAGGAACAUCUUCUUUUUGACAUUAAACAGGAACUUGACCUCAGUUUUACUUGGCUGCAUGCAUCUCACAGAUUCAGUAGGUUUCUGUUUUAUUUUAGGUGGUUGAGGCUGUAACUUUCUCUGAAAAUGAAAUCUAUGUGGCUCGUCCUGUGAGCGAGCCAGAAUGUUUAACAUUUGCUAAAGACUUUUGGUAAGGGAAACUGCUAUGAAAUGUGGUGUAACAAAAACAUUGCCAGUCUCUCCAUCUUUGCAGAUUGAUGUAAAGCUCGUUCUUGCAUCAAUCUUUCCCAUCCUGCAAAGAAUCCUUUGAGGCUUUUCACUGAAGCAAUCACUAAGUCUUCUCCUUUAACAAAGCAAUUAGUCCACCCUCAUCAAUAUUUUCUUAGUUUUCCAAACAGAAAUUAGAGUAUAUUUGUAAACUCACGAGCCAGGUUGCUUGUACGUGCACUAUAUUUCGUUACACAUGGAUUUUGUAAAGCUUCAUAUGUAUACUAUGUCUAAGUUUGUCACCUUGCACAACCUGAUCUGCCUCAAAACUGAUGUUUGGCAGAAACACAACAGUCCAGGAAUAUCGAUUGGUCCUAUACUUCAGUUAUGAUACAAACUGUCUGACUACAUAUCGUCACAUAUUUUAUAGACGGGAAUAUAAAUUAUAGAUCUUAAAUUAAGACUGAAUGUUGCUUGUUCUUGACAUCUAUUGGACAGUGAAAGGGUGUUUGAAUGAAAUAACAUUUCUUUAAAAUGGCACUCUUAAUUAAACAUCCGUCUCUACCAGGUCAAAAAACAUGGACCUCAGCAGGUUUCAUGUAAAGAUUGACAAAGCAUACAACUGUAUUAGCCACUGACAUUUCAAAUUCAGUGACUAACAUGUUUGACUGCAUUGCUGGGAAAAAACUUUUUUGUUCACCUUGUACUUUUGUUAUGCGUGUUGUGCAGUUAAAACCAUUAAAUAAAUAUUUUCCUCUCAU